AUGUCUAUUCAAUUCCGCUCCAACUUUCCCACGGCCGACAUCUCUCGUGACUUGUCCUCCGUCUUCCGUCUCUUCGACGACUAUGCCAUCCACCGCCAGGGCCAGGGCAAUUCUCACCUAGCUCCGCGACCAUUCAAUCCCCGCUUCGAUGUUCGCGAGAGUGAAGAGGCCUACCACUUGGAUGGCGAGCUGCCUGGCAUCGCGCAAAAGGACAUCGACAUCGAAUUUUCUGACCCGCAGACUCUGGUCGUGAAGGGUCGCACCGAGCGCGAGUACCACACUAAUCCCGAGGCCGAGGCCGAGGCCGAGGAUGACAAGUCUGAUACCGAUGCUGUCUCCAAGAGAAUUACCACUCCUACUCACCGUUACUGGGCUAGCGAGCGAACCGUUGGCGAGUUCCAGCGUACCUUCACCUUGCCCGCACGCGUGAACCAGGACGCCGUCAAGGCCAGUCUGAAGAAUGGCAUCCUCUCCAUCGUCAUUCCCAAGGCCACUGCAGCGGCUGUCAAGAAGAUUACUAUCGAGUAA